AUGCCCAACAGCAAUGCGUUCAACGACUCGGACGAUGGCGAUGACGCCGUGUGCCCCCUCUGCUGCGAGCCCAUGGACCUCUCGGACAAGAACUUCGUCCCGUGUCCGUGCGGGUACCGGGUUUGCAUGUGGUGCUGGCACCGCAUCAAGGAGAACUACACCGGCCUCUGCCCCGCGUGCCGCUCUGAGUACGCUGACGACCCCCACGCCUUCGCCGCGGUGGACAAGGAAGAGGUCAUCAAGAACGAAAACAACAAGAAGAAGCGGGCCAAGCAGAGAGACACCGACUCGACCGGCGCGGCGGCGGCGGCCGCGGCGGCUCGGGAGCACCAGCACGCCCUGCACCUCAGACACCACCACCAACACCAGCAACAUAUGCAACACUUGCAUCGAGAACAGGUGCAGCAGCAGGGUGGGGGCAGGGGCGGGGGCGGGGUGGGGGGCGCGACCUCGGUGGCAAACAGGCGCGAGCUGGCCAACAUGCGCGUCGUGCAGCGCAACCUGGUGUAUGCGACCGGUUUACCGGCCGGCCUGGACUCCGAGGAGGUGCUGCGAAGACCGGAAAACUUUGGGCAGUACGGCAAGAUCUACAAGAUCGCCAUCUCAGUUUCACAAGCGUCUGAGCCGCGCCCGGGGAACUUCAGCGCCCAUAUCACAUUCGCGCACAAAGAGGAUGCUCUAGCCUGCAUCCUCGCCACAGACGGGUUUUGGCUCGAAGGCCGACAGUUGCGCUCGAACUUCGGAACGACAAAGUACUGCGCGACGUACCUCCGGAAUUCCCCUUGCUCGAACCCGGACUGCCUAUACCUGCACGAGCUAGGAGACGAGGAGGAUCGCUUCACCAAGGAAGAGAUUCAACAGCGUUCCCUGCUAGCCCCGCCAAUCCCUCCCGGCGCUGUGACGGUGACGGGAGGCGGGGGACCCAGCGGGACCGGUAUGCGAUGCAACUCGCCGUAUCUACCCCCGCCGGUGUACGAGUCUUCCUCUAACGGAUCGAGCCAUAGAGAGAGCGGGACGCCGGCAAGGUCGCAGGGGCAGCAGGGGGCAGCGGCUGCUGGUGGGGCGACGGCGGCGCAGCGGGCGGCGGCGGCGAGAGGGGCUAAACCGGCCGGACAGUACGUGACCGUUGUCGCGUCAGAGUGGUGGAUCAUAUCUCACGCGUGUCAGGCGAGGCGGUUUUCGGAGAAAUAUUUCCGGAACGUCAAGUACGAAACUAUCCGGCUGCUGCAGCGCCAACGGCGUUGA